CCUCACCACUUGCGACUUGACCCCCUUCAGAUUGCGCCAUCUCUCAACAACCUCCAGCAUUUCAUUCCGAACCUCAGUUUCUUUGUCAUGGCCAUCUUAACAUUCAUCUAGAUUCUGACCCCAAAUACCCGCACUCGCAUUUGGAGAGAUUUGUCCUCUGCCGGUCGCGGCUUUGGCUGCAGCGGCCGAGUCAAACUACCGACAACAUCUUCACUUUCUGCCUCUCCAAACUUCACCAGCCCCUCAAUCCCUGCUUGUCAUUCCAGGUUCAUUGUCACUGUCACCUCAAACUUCCCAGUCAUUCAGCUGUGACAUAUCUGCAAGACUACUUCUACAUAACCCCCCAUCUCUCCUUCUCUCCUCAGCAUGGACGACCCGGCCUCCACAUCCUUUACCCAACCCUCAACAGAUCGACCUCGAACCCCGUCAUUACCUACCCCUGGUGGCUCCAAGACUCCUCCGACAAUCGCUGCCCGACACUUCUUGGACGAAAAUGAUGGUCUGACCGCCAUCCGCCCCACCACCGAAGCCAUGGAAGCCGAUACAUUGAAUCGUCGACUGAAAGAAUUCGAAUACGCUGCGAGGCAAAGAGAGAGAACACCCGGCCGAAGCCCAAGUCGGAAGAGACAGCGCGUCUAUGGCGACCGAUUCAUCCCCAAUCGAGAUGGCCAAGAUCUUCAAGCAAGUUACAGUCUUCUACACGAUGACGGAUCACCGGCAACCCCUUCGAGAUCUAAGAAAAAGACUCCCCACGGCGAACUGCACUUGCAACGAACCGAAGAAGCCAAUCGAACUUACUCCAAAGUCCUGCGAAACGAGCUAAUGGGCGAUUCCGUUCCUCAACAUCACAAAGAUCUUUCCACCGACGAGUUGUAUGGUCGACGCCAGACUCCUCCAGGCCAGCCUUCCGCCUCCAACCUUCCUCCCGCUUCAAUCACACCCACCACCCCUCACAAGAACAUGUUCUCGUACAAAUCUCCUCAAAAAGUCAUCGGAUCUGGCCAUCCCACACCAUCCUCUCGCAACGCCAAACACCCCGGCUUGAUCAAUCUCAACGCAAGAUCUGAUCUCUAUUCCGUCUCCCCCAUCAACUACUCGUCACAGUCAAUCUUACAAACUCCUCGCAAGCCACCUCGGCCCAUUGCCAAAGUGCCUUACAAGGUUCUCGAUGCCCCCGAGCUGGCCGAUGAUUUCUACUUGAACCUGGUGGAUUGGGGUUCCGCCAACAUCUUGGGCGUCGGCCUUGGCUCAUGCGUUUACAUGUGGAAUAGUGCAACCGGCAAAGUCACUCAAUUAUGCAAGCUUCCCGACAAUGACCUAGUGACAUCCGUUGCUUGGAUUCAACGCGGCUCACAUCUAGCCAUUGGCACCCACAAAGGCUUUGUUCAGAUCUAUGAUGCUGAAAAGUCCAGAAGACUGCGCACCAUGACCGGUCAUACCGCCCGUGUCGGCGCUCUUGCCUGGAACGAUCAUAUCUUGACCUCGGGAUCAAGAGAUCGACUGAUCUAUCAUCGUGAUGUGCGGAGUCCAGAUCAGCACCUGCGCAGGCUUGCAGGACACAAGCAGGAAGUCUGUGGCUUACGCUGGAACACUGAAGAUGGUCAGCUCGCUUCCGGCGGCAACGACAACAAAUUGUGUGUUUGGGAUAAGCUGUCUGAGACGCCGCUGUACCGAUUUUCCAACCACGUUGCCGCCGUCAAGGCCAUUGCCUGGAGCCCUCACCAACACCAUCUGCUGGCCUCUGGUGGAGGUACCGCCGAUCGAUCGAUCAAGUUCUGGAAUACAUCAAACGGCUCCCUGAUCAAAGAAGUCGACACCGGAAGUCAGGUAUGCAACCUUGCGUGGAGCAAGAAUAGCGAUGAAAUCGUCAGUACACACGGUUACAGUCAAAACCAAAUUGUGGUGUGGAAAUACCCCAAAAUGGAGCAGGUAGUCAGUCUGACCGGACACACCUAUCGUGUGCUGUAUCUGAGCGCGAGUCCGGAUGGCACCACCGUCGUGACCGGCGCCGGAGACGAAACUCUCCGAUUCUGGCGUGUCUUUGGCAAAAAGGGAAACGAAGAUAGGAGCAGUGACGGCAUGUCCGGCAAGCUUGGCGACUGGGGCUCGAUUCGGUGAUGCUUGCUUCGUCACCCCAUGCGAAUCGUCUUUCAAGGCCCUCGUGGUGGUCUAUGAUGACGCCCGUUAUGGCCCUAUCGAGUCUCAUUGGCUCUCGAGAAUAAAACCAAAAGCUCUGCUGCAUGCGUCGAGAUGACCGCCUUGUUUGUGGAGCACGUCUUUGAUAUUCGAUCCGUGAGAAAAGUACGCACAUCUGCGAAACAUAUUUUGACAACUCGAGCAAGUCCGAGCAAGCGCGUGAAUGAGCAAGCGACCUUGUUUUAACGAAAUGAAUGCGCAUUAGCCGGUCGGGGAGCGGGGGUUCUUUUUAUUUGGAGGAGACGACAUCUGCUUUUUACGAGCCGUGAUGACCAAGCCAAAUAUGCAUAUGACGAGGCUUACUUAGUACGCGGUAUUCGGUAUUUUGCGCCAGGCCGGAGGUUGGUGGACAGGCACAGAAACCAGAUUUGACGACAGGAGUUAUUUGGUGGAUAGCUCCCUGAUUUGACAGCAUAGUCACUGAACAUCUUGACACGAUUCUGGGAUACGCGUAUCAUACAUCUAAAACAUGUAGGAACUCAAAUCUGCGAACAUGAGAAGCAUCGAAGAGGCUUUGUGUUUUCAGGACUGCCCACCGUCAGUUUGACCGACACCAAAGGUGGAGGGCCUGUAACUACGUUCGCAGUCAGAUCCAGCAUCAACGCAUAAAGACAC